AUGAACGAGUUUGACUGUACUCUGUCCCCCAAGGCAGACGAGAUUGUUUCGUCGCUUAUCCGCAACGGCGGCUGCAUCCUCCGGAAGUUUAUCACAGACAGCCACAUCCUCAGUGCAAUCGAAAAGGACGUCCGUCCAUAUAUUGAAGCAGACCAGCCCUGGAAAGGAGUUGAUUUCUUUCCUCCACAAACUCGCCGUGUUCUGGGCUUGGUAGGCAAAUCAACUGCCUUCACCCACGCCAUCCCUGCCAACCAUUUAUACCGCAGUGUUUGCUCACGGCUCCUCUCUUCAACAAACCGGUCUUGGUAUGGAUAUCAGCUAAACACUACAGUCUCGGAGCCUCAGUUAAGCAACACGGUCGUCUUCUCCAUAGGUCCUGGCGCUAAGCGUCAGGAACUACACCGUGACGACUCGAUUCAUCAUAACAGGCUGCCAGAGCUGCAGAGCUAUCAUGACUACCGCAUUGGGAGAGAUACCAGCGUAGGUCUCUUUGUGGCCGGUAAGAAGACAACUCAAGAAAACGGGGCCACGCGCUUUAUUCCAGGGUCGCAUCUUUGGGGCGAGGAGAGGUGUCCUGAUGAAGCGCUCUCUUGCUACGCAGAGCUGGAACCGGGCGAUGCGUUUAUUAUGCUCGCUUCGUGUUACCACGGUGGAAGUGCGAAUACGACCACGGAUGAAGAGAGGCUUGUGUACAGCUGUUUUAUGACCAAGGGCUUCCUUCGACAGGAGGAAAACCAGUAUCUUGCAAACCCCCCUGAGAAGAUCAAAGAGUACUCGCAGGAGGUGCUAAGAUUUAUUGGAUAUUCAGUGAGCAAACCUUUUUUGGGUUGGGUUAAUCUUGAUGACCCCCUCAAGAUUUUGUACGGGGAUAAUUUUAAGGGCGAGGAAAUGCGGUGA